GGCAAGUGAAGCUGAGGCAGCUGCUCCAGAAUGAACCACAGCUCUGAGAAGGGGAAGUAGAAGCCCAGCUGGCGCUCUGCCAUGGCCUGCGAACCACAGGUGGACCCCGGGGCGGCUGGCCCAUCACCCCCCUCCUCCCCUGGCUGGAAUGCCCUGCCUGGAGGAAGCCCUCCAGGCUGGAGGCGAGAGCUCCAUAAUGGCCAGGUUCUCACAGUUCUCCGGAUUGACAAUACCUGUGCGCCUAUCUCCUUUGAUCUGGGAGCCGCAGAGGAACAACUGCAGACCUGGGGCAUUCAGCAGGUCCCCGCUGAGCAGUACCGGAGCUUGGCCGAGAGCGCCCUCCUGGAGCCCCAAGUGAGGAGAUAUGUCAUCUACAACUCAAGGCCCAUGAGGCUUGCCUUUGCUGUGGUUUUCUACGUGUUGGUGUGGGCCAACAUCUACUCUACCAGCCAGAUGUUUGCCCUGGGGAACCACUGGGCGGGUGUGCUGCUCGUGACUCUGGCUGCGGUGAGCCUGACCCUGACUCUUGUGCUUGUCUUCGAGAGACACCAGAGGAAGGCCAAUACCAACACAGACCUUAGGUUAGCAGCUGCCAACGGAGCCCUCCUGAGACACCGGGUGCUGCUGGGAGUAACUGACACGGUGGAAGGAUGCCAGAGCGUGAUCCAGCUCUGGUUUGUCUACUUUGACCUAGAGAACUGUGUGCAGUUUUUGUCUGACCAUGUUCGAGAAAUGAAGACCAGCCAAGAGUCCUUGCUGAGAAGCAGAUUGAGCCAGUUGUGUGUUGUCAUGGAGACCGGCGUGAGCCCUACGACAGUGGAGGGGCCUCAGAACUUGGAGGAUGCUCCUUUGCUGCCUGGCGAUCCUCAUCCUGAGGAGAGACCACUCACGCAGACCGAGCUUUACCAGCUCAUUCCUGAGGCUGAGCCAGAGGAAAUGGCCCGGCAGCUUUUGGCUGUGUUUGGCGGCUACUACAUCCGGUUGCUGAUGACCUCCCAGCUCCCCAAGGCUAUGGGGACACGACAUACGGACUCUCCGAGGGUUCCAUGCCCCUGCCAGCUCAUAGAAGCCCACAUCUUGGGUACAGGGUGUUGCCUGUUCCUGGCCAGGUGACCUGGGACCAAAGUAUUCAUCUUCCUCCCAGACUGAGAAGUGGGGGAGGCUCCAGGAGCCCAGGAUGGCCAAUGGUGAGCUCCAGGUGAAAAGAGAAGCAUCUGGGGGCACUCCAGAAGGGGCCAGUCAUGCCAGCAACAGGGGCAACAUGCUCACUCCAGGGCCCAAUGCAAGAAUGCCUCUUUGACAUCUCAUGCUGACCCUUGGCCUUUGCAGAAGCUGAUGACUGCUGAGAUGGUUCUACCCCAAGCUGCUCCCUAUGCCUAGACCACGGACAUGGCUGGAAGGGGCCCAGUCUCCCAUCCCCUUCAUUGCAUGGAGAGUCCAGAACAAAUGAAUAUGCGACUGGGCAAUUGUGUCCAAAGCUUCAUCUCAGAUGACUCUUCCAUCUCCAACCUCUUCAUGUCAGAUGGGAAAUUGAGGCUCGGAAAGGAUACUGCUCUUUGUAGCAUUGCCAUGGGCUUCUAAAAUUAUAAGACUGUCUCUUUUUAAUAUGAAGAAAAUAAGUAAGUUUUCAGAUUUCUCUACAUUUUUAAGUUUUUUCUCCCCUCCAUAUUUUGUGAAAAGCAGACAACCCGUGCAUUUUGUCUGCUAGUAUACAGGCGGCAGAAGACAGAGACAGAAGAACAAGGACAGAGAGCUGUUCCUAGAAAUAUUUGGAAAAGACUGAUUCUGCUUGACUCAGGGACUUAUUUUGUUCGAAGGCAUGCAUGCCUGUGGUUGCGUCCUUAUACUACAGAAGUAGAACAGCAGUCGUGUCCUCUGACACUAACACUGUCUUGGAGUGAAACGUGACCAGUUGCUUGUGGAAUUCUAUGAAGAGUUCAGAGACUUCCUUCUAGGUGUUCCGCUCCCCAAAAGCUUGAAGACCCAUUGUUCUAAAGGCCCAUGUCUAAAAGCUGUGGCCUGACAUCUGAAGGCUCCCCAGCCCUCAAACCUGCAUCCACAAUUUUGGUUUCAUUUCUGCAAAACCCCUUCAUAAGUUGAAACUCUCUCCUGGACUGUCAUGCCUACUCUUUUCUGUCUAUUGGUCUCCUAUUCAGUCUUUCUUUUUUUUUUGAGUUGGAGUCUCACUCUGUCACUAGAC